ACAGAGUGAGUCCAGCACUUAGGGUUUUUGUCGUUUGAAUUCUGAUUUCUGAACCGUUUCCGUUGGUUGAAUCUUUUCUGGGGGUCGUUUUUUUCCAACGUGCUGCGGAAGGUGCUUCCGCGGACAGCUUCCGCGGCUUCCGCAGCUCCCAGGCGCAUCAGUAGCCAGGUCUCCUUGGAGAAGAAGGCCAAAGAGAUGGAGAAGAGUGUGAAGGCUGCACAGGCGGCCUGCUUGCGGGGCUCCGACCGCGGCGCCGGGGCUCGGCUCAAGUCCUUACAGGUGGAGGCCGCUGCUUUGAGACAGCAAGCGCUACAGGCUGAGGCAGUCGCCCUGGAGGAGCCUGACGUCGCACGGAACGCCGAGGCGGUGCCAGAACCGCCCCCUGCACCUGAAGAGGACGCGCCCGAGGAUGCAGCACCAGCGCCGGCGCCCGCAGCACCGGUCGAAGCGCUGCCGACGCCGGCAGCGCCGGUGGAAGCGGCCGCGGCGGAUGUGGCGCCGGGAUCAGCUGUAGAGGCAAGACGGUCGCCCAGGAGUGGCUCCAGCUCCUUGAGGUUGGCGCUGGAAUCCUUGGUCCAACAAGAGGAUGACGACGUGCAGCUGGCGGCCAAUCUCCAGCGGGUCUUGUCCGAGAGCUCCCCUCCCACGUCUCCGGAAAAGGUGGUGCAGAAGACGACCCUGUCGCACUCACCGGGACAGCCCAAGGAGCCCAAGGCCAAAGCUGCAGGCCCGAAGAAAGAAGCAAAGAAGCCUCAAGCUCAAGAACUAGAAGCUCCCGCCGAAGCUUCAAAGAAGGUGGAGAGGAAAGCAUCUCCGCGACCCACCCUGGACCCUGAUCAGCGACCUGCCUGGGAUGAUCGUUUCUAUGUGGUUGAGGCCCCGAAGGUCCGGAGAUGUUCAGCCCUAGAGGAGGAGGAGCACCUCGCAAAGGACGAGGUGCCCAGCUCGGCGCGAAAGUCUAGGUCACCUCGGAAAGAGGCGAGCGCGCCGGUUCCGAGCUCCGCGCCCAAGAGGAGCUUUAAGCCCAAGGCACAAGAGAAGGCGAAGCCGGCUCAGCCCAAGACAGGAGUGCCUAAGGCGUCUCCUCGCCCAGUGAAAACCGUGGAAAACUUUGAGGCUGACAGGCACCGACGCCAGGCGAGUCGUUGAGGCACCACAAGAGUUGCCGCGGACGAGACCGUUGCGGAA